UUGCAAAAGCAGAGCAUAGCAGAGCAUUCCCUAAGCCCUGUGUGCUGUCACCUCCCACUUCUAGUUCCUGUCUCCCUGCCCCACUGUGGCCAGGGCAAGGUGAAGGUUUCUCUCUGGAUCCUUUCCAAGCCAGGCAUUACUAUUCUGCUUGCUUAAUAUGUACCCGUCAUCCCUGUUGCCUGGAGGGGCUUUGCUUUUUUUCUUAGUACUCUUGUGUAAUGCUUGGGGUUGGUCACAUAAAUAAAUGUACUUUGGUGGGAAAUGAAAGUGAUCUGUACAACUCUUGUCUUGUUUGGAACUGCUGUGACAUUUGAUAAGGCUUAUCUUUGUAGGACCUCCUCAGUAGCAUUUCUUUUUGUCUAAUCACUUCCACACUUCUUCCUUUUCAGCUUGACUUGUAUUAAACAAAGAAAUUGGGAGAAAUGGAAAGAACCAAGGGGGAGAUAAUCCUGAAUGUCUGUCAGCUCAGAAGUGUGCUGGUUAAUAAAUGCUCUGCCAGGUUUUGAGUAAACCUUCUGAACAAAUACGUGACAACUGUACAAAAGUUUUUUAUAGAAAAGAAAAAAAGUGUUACUCUUCUAUUUAUGUUAUUUUUAGUGAGUAGCAAGAGAGAUAGAUGGAGAACGGACCAGCUGUGCAUACAAACUUUCUCCGAUUUUGUAAUUCCCUUUAUUCCCUUGUAUCAUUCCCUUUAUGACAACAGGCCGAGUGUUCCCAGAAGCCUUAACACUGCUGCGAGAUUUCAGGCAAGCUGAAAGCAGUGCCCGACAGUUUCAGAAAACUCUGAGUGUCUGAAAAGAUUAAGAGACUCUGACACAUCUCUGGAACCUGCAAUGACAAGUCGGAACAGUAGCCAUGCAGAGAAAACUGGUGAAAUGUCCUCAAAGCAGUCAACACCAAAAGUGCAGGUCCAGCGAUCUGUCUCCCGAGAAACCAUCACUAUUCAUUUCUCUGCAUUUGGGAAGGAGGAAGAAGAGGAGGAAGAGGAGUUUAAAGAGUUUGUUGAUGAGGAUCUAGAUGACCAAAGCAUUGUAACAGCACUUGAAGCCAAGGAAGACCUCUGCUUUGAGCAUACUGGCCAUGACCUUUUUGGUCCAGCUACCUCGCUUAACAUGGCCAACUCUGCAUCACCGCUGUCCUCAUCGCCUGCAGUUCUGCCAACUGCAGAAACUGUAAAGCUGUUGGACUCUCCUUCCCCAUCCCAAAUACUCAGUGCAGUGCCACCAGUCCUGUCUCCAUCGUCACACUCAUGUCACACAUUUGGCACAUCAGGUGCAGCACCACCACCUGUGGAACAGAAAUCGAGUCUGUCUUCCCCAUCCUCAUCCCCUGCCAGAUCAGUUGCCUGCUCUAGUGGAUCAUCCACAAUUUCUAGUUCAAAGCCUUUUAGGGGGUUAGUCAAGUCCUUUUCAACAGAAGUGGAACCAAAAGAACCCACCCCACCGAUGCGACAUAGGCAGUUAAUGAAAACCUUGGUGAAAUCUCUGUCUACGGACACUUCUAAACAGGAGUCUGAAGCUGUGUCUUACAGGCCACCUGACUCAAAACUGAACUUGCAUCUGUUCAAACAGUUCACUCAACCUCGAGCUACAGGUGGUGAUUCUAAAACUGCCCCCUCCUCUCCAUUAACAUCCCCGUCCGAUACUCGUUCCUUUUUUAAAGUACCUGAAAUGGAGGCUAAAAUUGAAGAUACGAAAAGACGCCUUUCUGAGGUCAUCUAUGAGCCUCUUCAGCUGCUCAGUAAAAUAAUGGGUGAUGAAAGUAGUAGCCACAGGCCCAAAGCCUUAUCUUCAAGUGCUUCAGAACUCUCAAACCUUUCCAGUUUGAAUGGCCAUUUGGAAAGCAAUAACAACUACAGCAUUAAGGAAGAGGAGUGUGAUUUGGAAGGGGACUUCUCUGGGGGUGACUUUAACGUGACUAAGAGCAAUCAGUCAAGAGGGGAAGAAGAUCAUGCAAAAGAGAUGGAGACCAAAAGCUCUCAGUCUGCAAGCACAAAGGAUGUGGGGUCAAAACCUUCACUCGUACUUGAAAAAUGUUCGUUGUCUGCACUAGUGAGCAGGGAGGAUGAGGAGUUUUGUGAACUGUAUUCUGAAGACUUUUUCUUGCUAGAGGAGGAAAGCAAAACUGAUAAACCUGCUGAAACUGUGGUCGAUCCGGAGAUAACUGAGGAAACUGUUACUAUGCUCAGUAGUGAAGAUGAAAAUAAUCUGGAUGUGCAACAGCCUAAAAUACCAGUGAAAACUUUAUACUUAUUAAUACUUUUAGUCUAUUCUUACCUUAUUAUCCCUCUCCCUGGCUAUUUAAGUGGACUUUUACUUGGAAUGGCCCUUGGAUUUAUGGUAGCUGUCUGUGUGAUUUGGCUUGUUAUUCCACGUACUCAUGAGUAUCUCAAAUUGCAUAAAAACAUGAAAAGGCGAUGGAAUACAGGAGCUCUAGACAUUGAAGAACCUGGAAUACUGAAGGGAUGGAUGAAUGAAAUUUAUAAUUAUGAUCCAGAAACAUACCAUGCCACAUUGACUCACUCAGUUUAUGUGCGACUUGAAGGCAGCACCCUGCGACUUUCAAAACCCAAUAAAAAUAUUUCUAGAAGAGCUGUGUACAAUGAGCCAAAGCCUGAAGUCACAUAUGUCAGUCAAAAAAUUUAUGAACUAACAGACAGCAAGAUUUCCCUGGUUCCCAAGAGCCUGGCACGGAAGCGAAUUUGGAAUAAGAAAUACCCUAUUUGCAUUGAACUCGCCAAACAGGAUGACUUCAUGGCCAAGGCCCAGACUGAAAAGGAGACUGCAGAGGAAAAGUUACCUGGUGAAAGAGGGGACUCAAACAAUGAGGAAUCCAAGAAACUUCAAGAUGGAGCAAAGUACACUUGCCAAAAGGAUCAAGUGCUUUAUCUCUUUGGAAGGACGGGUAGGGAGAAGGAGGAGUGGUUCAGAAGGUUCCUUCUUGCAUCAAAGCUCAAGUCUGAAGCGAAGAAGCCACCUAGUUUGUGUGGGAGCAAGCCAGGGGUGCUGCCAGCACAUGGUAGAACUGAUAGUCAGUCUGGAGUUCUCACGCACAGCCGGAGCAGCAGCAAGGGAAAUGCAGAAGAAAUCACAUCCCAGCCAAAGCACAAGGACCUGGCUGGCAACGUGAGGCAGAAAAUGCUUCUGGACUACAAUAUUUAUAUGGCAAAGUGUGUUCCACAAAAAAAGAAAAGCCCUUCAGGUAGUCCAGUCAUCAGUGCAGAGAGCAGCCCUACAGCUGUGAAAAAGUUGCCAGAUGCCAAUGUAGAAGCUGAAGAAGAAGAGCAGGAGGCCUGGGUGAAUGCUCUGGUUGGAAGAGUAUUUUGGGAUUUUUUAGGAGAGAAGUAUUGGUCUGAUCUAGUGUCAAAGAAGAUCCAAAUGAAACUUAGCAAAAUAAAGCUGCCCUACUUCAUGAAUGAGCUGACUCUCACUGAGCUUGACAUGGGGAUAGCAGUGCCCAAGAUCCUUCAAGCCUUCAAACCUUCUGUUGAUCACAGAGGACUAUGGGUUGAUUUGGAAAUGUCCUACAAUGGAUCUUUUCUAAUGACCCUGGAGACCAAGAUGAACUUGACCAAACUUGGUAAAGAGCCACUUGGGGAAGCAUUUAAGGUUGGCGAGAUCGGCAGAGAAGGUUUCAGGCCAAGGGCAUAUUGUCUUGCAGACAGCGAUGAGGAAUCCUCCAGUGCUGGCUCUUCAGAGGAAGAUGAUGCUCCUGAGCUGGCAGGAGAGAAGCAGGUGACCCCAGGAGCAGAAGGUUACGUUGGAGGACAUCGAACAAGUAAAAUCAUGAGAAUUGUGGAUAAAAUUACAAAGUCAAAAUACUUUCAGAAAGCAACAGAAACUGAGUUUAUUAAGAAGAAAAUUGAAGAGGUCUCCAAUACUCCAUUGCUGCUAACAGUUGAAGUACAGGAGUGCAGAGGAACACUAGUGAUUAACAUUCCACCUCCACCCACUGACAGAAUAUGGUACGGCUUCCGAAGGCCUCCCUACCUGGAGUUAAAGGCACGGCCAAAACUCGGUGAGAGAGAAGUGACUCUGGUUCAUGUUACGGACUGGAUAGCAAGGAAAUUGGAACAGGAGUUCCAGAAAAUCUUUGUUAUGCCAAACAUGGAUGAUGUCUAUAUUCCUUUAAUGCACUCAGCCAUGGAUCCCCGCUCCUCCACAUGUCCUCCUGAAGAACUGAGCACGGAGGCCUCUGAUCAACCAUGACAUGUGAAGACUCUUGCAGUUUACAGUAUUAUAAAAGUUACUCUCAUGGUUUUAUAAACUGUGCUGUAGUUCUCAUCCUUAACUUGUGCCACUUUUCCCCCUCCCAGACUGCCUGUGCCCCUUCCUGUGUGCUCACUUGCCUGGUUAUUGUUCCCGUGUACUUCAGCUACAUGAAGUUCCAUUCCAUUAUGUUGUUGAUUUAUUUUUGUACUGGCUGCCAUCAGGAUUUUAACUGGGAGGCUGAGGUGACCUGUUCUUUGUGGGGAGGGAGGAGGAACUCAAAUGUAACAGAUCAAGGAGCUUGUUGAUGCACCUUUUGUUCAGCUUGUUUUCAUGCUAUGUUAAUGUGCAUUAAAGCAUUGAAAAGUUGUUUGGCAGCAAAGGAACUGCGUGCCAAAUGGAAAAAAUCCUAAAUAAGGAAUGAAUUUAUAAAACUGGAAGAAUAUUUUUCUUUCUCAGGCAGUUGGAGGUGUAGAAUGAACUGUUUUAUGUUCUUUCACUUCUGCAGUCAAUAGCUUGUGUCAAGCAAUCGAAAUAUGAAAUGCUUUCAGGAUAAAAGAAUGUAAAUUGGAUGUAUAGGUAAUAUUGUGAUUCAAUGUGCUGUAUACACAUUACUUUUUUCAUACAGAACUUGUGCUUUUUUUUGGGAAGCAAUUAGCCAUAAAACACACAACUAUCAGUGAAGGUGGGACUGUCAGAUUUUAGUGAAUGAGGAAAAAAAGUUGGUAAAGCCAUGAGACCAAAACCAUAGCAAGCCGCCUUAUAGUGAGGUACAAUCACCUUGGUUCCUGAUUAAUUCUGAAUGUUUCUAGAAACAUGAGCACACACACCAAGUGUCAACACUGCACAUCUCCAGGAGUAGUGACCUAACUGUGCAUAGAGCCUCUUGCUGUGAUGAAACACCGACUUCUUUCUGACAGGAGUUUGUUGCUGUGAGUCUUUUCCAUUGCACUGUGUUUACACCCAAAGCAUGGGUGCAGAUCCUCAGUUACAGCCCCAGACACGACAGCACCUGGUGCUUGUGGAAGCAGCUGUGGCUGACAGAUUUUGACCCCCAUGCAUUGGUUUCUUGGACUUUGUGGCAUAGGACUUCAAGCAUUGCAGUUGUUUGAGCUGAUCAUGAUUAAAGACUCUUUCUGCUAAUUAGUGGCCAAAACUAAAGGGGAAGGGGAAACUGCCUUUUAUUUGUCAGCUGUAAUGAAUCAAGGCUAAAUGUAUGCAGUAAAUUCAAGGUUUGAACACUACAUAUCCACUCCUUAACACAUAUUUUUCUGAUACUCAGUGUUGCCAACUGUUCAUGGAUAUCAGAAAAUGUUUUAGUUUACAAAGAAGGUGAGUUUUGGCUCUCCUUUUAUAACAUGAUUUUUUGUUUUGAAGUAAUUUUUAAAGAAAUUUUUUGUAAGUUGUGUUGUCACAUUUGAUGUAAAUCAAAAUUUCCAUGUAUAACUUGAUGAUUUACCAUCUCUAAAUGAAACUAUUAUAUUGAAGGUUUUUUAAACAGCACCUUGCCUGAAAGAAAACUAGCAUUUAAUAUAUUUAAAAUUAAUUCUAUAUUUGAACACCUAUUUUGGUUACCUUUAAUUGAAAUAUUAGUAGUUAUAUUUGUUACCUGAACUCCUCCUUGACCAUUCCAGGCUGUGUAUAUUCUGGGGUUUGCUGAUUCUGUAGGCAUUAUUUGCCUUUCAUGAAGUCUGCAUGUCUUGUACGCAGGUCUUUUAUAUGAGUUAAUUUCUAUGUGCAAUAACUAAAGUCAAAGGACUAGAUGCACUAAUGUGUAAACAGAUUUAGACUUACUACACAAGAUAGUCAUAUUGCACUUCAUAAACUGUGGGUAACUACAAUCUGCUUGCUUUGUUUUAUUAAAUAAAUUUAUCCCAUGUCGAACAA